AUGAAUGAGGCGUGGGUGUGUUGUCCGUAUCAACGGUACUUCGCAAGGUCUAGGAACGAAGAGGUCCCUGAUAACUGGCGUUCGCUGGUAGAUAUGAAGUACAAGUUUUUCCAGGAACCAAAGGAAAAAAUCAGGAUUACGGUAUUUGAUACGAAAAGGCAAUCUUUGCCGGAGUUACCUAUUACGAGCCAAAAACCAAAGAUGAAGCUCGCAAUCGACACAGACAUUCAAGAGCUGUAA